AUGAUGACCAGCGACCAUGACCAGCUGCUCGACCGCAUCCUGCCCCACGUGGACCGCGGUGCCAUCAGCGCUGCAAAGAACACCAUAGCCGACCUGGACUGGGACGACGAGUCCGACAGCGCAGACUUUGAGGAGCCCUACUCGGUCACCACCACCCGCUCCGUGCUGACACGCACCAACAGCGACGCGAGCUACGGCGUCUUCAGCGGUGGCCUUUCCCCAUCCAGGCCCCUCCGCUUCAGGGACUUCGAGGGCAGUACCCUGAACAACAUGGCCGACUCCCGCGACACCGAGGGCCACGCCCAGACCAACGGGUCCGCCGCCGUUGUGCGGCCCCGCGGCGACGUCGACCCGGCCGACCUGCCGCGCAGCAAGGCCGGCUCUCGUGCUGGACAUGUUGCCUCUGGCAAGUCCUCGCCUCGCCACACCAGAGACGGCUCCGACACCUUUGGGUCCGUCGACGUGCCCCUCAGGCACUCGUCGCGGCCCACCAGCGGCAGCCUGGGCGUCCCGUCCGUCGUGGACAAGCCUCUCCCGGAGCUCAAGGAGCCCCGUCCCCAGCACCCAGUCAUCGUCGAGGACGUCGAGCAGACAGCACACGACGGGGUCGAGAACGGCGACGAGCAGGCCCACCGGGGCCCCAACCCCAGACGCGCAAGGUCGCCGCUCCCGCCGCCUGCGCCCUCUGCGACACCACCCCCGAUCGCGCAUAAGCCGGCCCAGAACACCCGGAGGAUCGUGUACGACGACUUCCCAGACGAGGACGAGGACGACACGGAGGAUGACCACGAGGAUGGCGAUCACGAGGACGGUGAUGAGGACUACGAUGGCCGGUUCGAACAGCAACCGCGGGUGACGCACGCUUAUGAGGCUAGACGGGGCCCUCCCUCGGCUCACAACAACUCCAAACCGCGGAAGAAGGAGGGCAGGGCCGACAGCAUCGCCAGCAACACGUCACGAGGCUCUCGUGUCGCCCGCUCCAGGACGGCAACCCUCGCCCGCGACUACAAGGGCUUGAGGACGCCCAUCCUCGACCACCAACAGAUGUACCAGGACGCCGAGUCCAAGAAGCCCCUGGUUGACAGGACCAUUCCUCUCAUCCCGCAGCGCCCGGUUCACCAGAAGACGUACAGGAGCGUCGACGACGGCAUGUACAACGACUAUUCCGCACGCACCAACGGCAUCGGUUCGUUAGCCCACGAGGCCGUCUCGGGCGGCCCCAUCAUCCGGAGGAGAUACAGCGACGACGACAUCUCGGUCCGCUCAGUCCGCAACUCCAUCUCGGGCAGGACCGCCAAGAGCACCGCCUCCCAGAGCAUGCCCGACUUCUUCAGCACCGAGAUCUUCCAGGUGGUCCUGCACAACCCCACGACCGCCUACCAGCUGCUCAAGUUCAGCGAGAGCCGUCUCUGCGCCGAAAACGUCGAGUUCCUGGCCAAGGUCGACGAGUACAGGACGACGCUCAACAACCUCGCCGGCCAGAUGGCCUUUAUCCACAAACAGUUCAUCAGCCCUGGCUCGGCGUACCAGAUCAACGUCAAUGGCAGUCUGCUGAAGAGAGCCCACAAGGAGAUGAAGACACUCAUCUCAAGCGCCUUCCCCUCCAUGGAGACCGUCUUCACAGAGCUGCAAGACCAGAUCGAGACUCUCGUCUUCCAGGACGUCUACCCGCGCUUUGUUAGGCACCAGAUGGCCCUGAGUGCAACCAGGGCGCUCGCCACCGACAGAUUCAAGUAUCAGGGGCUUGGCGACUGCUUUUGUUUAACAAACCCUCGAGUCGCGGACAACCCGAUCGUUUUUGCCUCUGACGGUUUCGUCAAAACCACUGGAUACUCGCGCCCCGAGAUUGUCCCACGCAACUGUCGCUUCCUACAAGGCGCCCACACGGACAGACAGCCAGUCCAGCGCCUCAAGGCCGCCAUCACUGAGGAGAAGGAGUCAGUAGAAUUGCUCCUGAACUACAAGAAGAAUGGCGAUCCUUUCUGGAAUCUGCUCUAUGUCGCACCACUUUACAACCAGCGGGGCAAGACCGAGUUCUUCAUUGGCGGCCAGGUGAACUGCUCUACAACUAUCCACAGCAACGUUGAUGUCCUGAAGGUCCUGUCAACGUCUGCCACAAACGACGCCGACAUAGCCGAGUUGAACAACAAGCCUCUGCCCGGGAAUCCCCAGAGCACAAGGCCAUCUGCGCGCAAGACCAUACUCAAGGCCCUGGGUGUGCGCCAGAAUGGACACAACGUCCACGUACCUCAGAUGGAUGCUGGGAUGGAAAAUGGUGUGUUGGGGCGCAUGGAGGGACAGGAUCUCAACGCACAGAUGAAGGAGUUCUAUACGGCGUAUUCCAAGUAUCUUGUGGUGCGCGCCAGCAAUUUCGUGAUCGAGUUUUACUCAGAGGGCAUAGUCGAGAUGCUGAACCCGGCCAACAUGGCCGGCACCAUGGUCGUCGGCACCGACGUGUUCAGGUUUUUUGGCCUGAAUAUGAUGGCCAAACAGUCCGAGUACAAGACUAGGGUGCGCAAUGCCAUCCGAGCCGGCAUGCCCGUCAGUACCGAGCUGCGCCUGCAGACCCGGCGGUCGGCUAUCUUUAGGGGCGACGAGAAGUUCGUCGCGCACUGGACACCGCUGAAGGACGAGAAGGCCGCAGUGCACUGGGUGGUCGUCACCCUUGCUCCCCUGAUGGUUUAG